AUGAUGGCCGAGACAAUGCCUAAAACAUUUCCGCUGAUCUUAGGCUGGGAGGGCGCUGGCAUUGUAGCACAGGCGGGUGCUGACGUGAGCCGCUUUUCUAAAGGUGAUGAGGUUUAUUUUAUGCCCAACUUCGGGCAGGGAGGAACCUAUGCUACCUAUGUUGCAGUCAACGAAAAUGAAGUGGCCCGGAAACCGGCAACACUAUCUUACCUCCAGUCGUCCGCCAUUCCUAUGGUAGCAGGAGCGGCUUAUACUUCUAUUAUAAAAGAUGCUGACCUGCAGGCCGGGCAAAAAAUACUGAUCCAUGGUGCGGCAGGUGCCGUCGGGUCUUAUGCGGUGCAACUGGCAAAGCAAAGAGGUGCCUAUGUGAUCGGGACGGCAGCCGGGGAAGGUCUUGAUCUUUUGCGAUCGCUGGGCGUUGAUGAAGUGAUUGAUUAUACCAACACUGACUUUACAACCAUCGGGAAAGACCUGGAUGUUGUCUUAGACCUGGUGGGCGGAGAAACACUGUCGAAAUCAUUUUCAAUUCUUAAAAAAGGCGGGUUGUUAUUGUCUACAGUGAUGCCUCCUUCUGAAGAGCAGGCAAAAGAAGCGGGUGUCAGGAUACAUAUGGUGUUUACGCAACCGGACGCUGUAAUGCUCGCCGAUAUUGCAAGGUUAAUAGACACCGGGAAAUUAAAGACGCGUGAGCCGGUAGUGAUGAGCCUGGACGAAGCGCAGCAGGCACAUGAAAUGAUUGAAAACAGAACUGCAAAAGGAAAACUGGUCUUUGCAAUAGAGUAG